UCGUGAUCACACAGCAUGUUGAUACGAUAUUGAUCCGUCCUGACCUCCCAAAUGCCUGUGGACAUCCAUGGGAAGGGUCCUGGGACUUCCAAGUGUGGAUGAAAGAUACAGAGCCCUGAUGUGGCCCUGAGGUCUCGGGCCGAGCUGGGGUGGGAAGGAGAACAUCUAGACUACGUGUCCUGAGUCUGCCUUCUCUUCCAGGGUGGCUCCGUGUUCUCCCCAGCUGCUGUCAUCAGCCAGGAGAGGGCUCGGCAGCAGGCAGCUGCUUUGGCAGAGGAGGUCGGCUGCCCCACCUCGUCCAUCCAAGACAUGGUGUCCUGCCUCCGCCAGAAGCCUGCUAGUGUCCUUAAUGACGCCCAGACCAAGCUCCUGGCCGUGAGUGGCCCUUUCCACUACUGGGGUCCUGUGGUUGACGGCCAGUACCUCCGCGAGGCUCCAGCCAGGGCACUGCAGAGGUCUCCGCGGACGAAGGUCGAUCUGCUAAUUGGGAGUUCUCAAGAUGACGGGCUCAUCAACAGAGCGAAAGCCGUGAAGCAAUUUGAGGAAAGUCAAGGCCGGACCAGUAGCAAAACAGCCUUUUACCAGGCGCUGCAGAAUUCGCUGGGCGGUGAGGACGCGGAUGCCGGGGUCCUGGCGGCUGCAACAUGGUACUAUUCCCUGGAGCACUCCACUGAUGACUAUGCCUCCUUCUCCCGAGCCCUGGAGAACGCCACCCGGGACUACUUUAUCACCUGUCCUGUGAUCGACAUGGCCAGGCACUGGGCCAGGAGAGCCCGAGGAAACGUCUUCAUGUACCACGCUCCCAAAAGCUAUGGCCACAGCAGCCUGGAGUUGCUGGCAGAUGUUCAGUAUGCCUUCGGCCUUCCCUUCCACCCUACCUACCAGGGGCAGUUUACUCUGGAGGAGAAAAGCCUGUCACUGAAAAUCAUGCAAUUCUUGUCCAACUUCAUCCGAUCCGGAAAUCCCAACUACCCACAUGAGUUCUCAAGGAAAGCCCCUGAAUUUGCAACCCCCUGGCCUGACUUUGUCCCACGUGCCGGCGGGGAGACCUACAAGGAGUUCAGUGACCUGCUUCCCAAUCGACAGGGCCUGAAAAGCGCUGACUGCUCCUUCUGGUCCAAGUACAUCCAGUCUCUGAAGGCCACGGCAGACGAAGCCAAGCAGGGUCCAUCAGCAGAGAGUGACACGGAGGACCCGCCGACAGGAGAGCCAGGCUCCAAGAGCUACAGCAAGUAGCUGUAGCUGCUAAGACGCCCCUGCCCAGUCUGCCAACCCCACCUCAGGCUGUCACCAAGGGCAUCUUAUUCUCUAAAAUAGCCACUAACUUUCAAUAAAAUGUCUACAUGCAGUGACGCAUGGGUGACUCGGAUUUGUUUCUUUAAGACAAUCCUUGGGGGACGACAAACCACAUGAUCUUCCUGAGGCUUGAAUCCCAGACUACCGCUUCCUUCCAGCCAAUAUUUGUGGAAAAU